CCGCCCUUCCAAUCGAACGCAGAAACUCUGCCACAUUUGUGUUGACGUGGAGCGUGACUUUAGUUCAAGUUAUCGCAACUGGGAAACAAAUAAGUGAGCCGUGAUGCUGGAUUUUGCCAUUUUUGCCGUGACGUUUAUUGUCUUUUUGGUCGGCGCUGUUCUUUAUCUAUACCCGUCAUCCAGAAGGGCAUCCGGCAUCCCAGGUUUGAACCCCACUGAUGAGAAGGAUGGGAACCUGCAGGACAUUGUGAACCGAGGCAGCCUGCAUGAAUUCUUGGUUGCGUUACAUGAGGAGUUUGGCUCGGUUGCUUCCUUCUGGUUUGGAAGGCGUCCGGUGGUAAGCCUGGGCUCUGUCAAGCAGCUCCGGCAACACAUCAACCCCAAUCACACAACCGACUUGUUUGAAACCAUGCUCAAGUCGCUGCUAAAUUACCAGUCAGGAAUCGGAGGCGGAGGCGGCGAGGCUGUCGUUCGGAAAAAGCUGUACGACAGCGCCAUCAACAACACUUUGAAGAACAACUUCUCCUUAGUGCUGAAGCUCGUUGAGGAGUUUGUUGGGAAGUGGGCGUCGGUGGCAGAGGCUCAGCACACACCGCUGUGCGCUCACAUGCUGGGCCUCUCCAUGAAGACCGUCACUCAGCUGACCCUGGGGGAGCGCUUUCGAGAUGACGCCGAUGUCAUACGCUUCCGCAAGAACCACGACGCGAUCUGGUCAGAAAUUGGGAAAGGUUACUUGGAUGGUUCUCUGGAGAAGAACUCCAGCAGGAAGGCACAUUAUAUGACAGCUCUGUCAGAGAUGGAGUCUGUGCUGCUGUCUGUGGCGAAGGAGAGAAAAGCCAAGCAGAGCCAGUUGGUAUUUGUGGACACGCUGCUUCAGUCCAGCCUCACAGAGCGACAGAUCAUGGAGGACUGCAUGGUGUUCACUCUGGCUGGAUGCGUCAUCACUGCCAACUUGUGUAUCUGGGCUGUGCAUUUCCUGUCCACCUCAGAAGAAGUCCAAGAUAAGUUGUACCAAGAGCUGGAAGAUAUUUUGGGUUCAGAUCCCAUUUCCUUGGACAAAAUCCCUCAUCUUAAGUACUGCCAGCAGGUGCUAAAUGAGACUGUUAGAACCGCCAAGUUGACCCCCAUUGCGGCCCGACUUCAGGAAGUGGAUGGAAAAGUGGAUCAGCAUGUUAUUCCCAAAGAGACCCUCGUGAUCUACGCUUUGGGAGUCGUGCUGCAAGAUUCCAACAGCUGGAGCGCCGCAAGCAGAUUUGACCCUCAUCGAUUUGAGGACGAGUCAUCAAGGAAGAGUUUUUGUCUGCUUGGUUUUUCCGGGAAUCAGACGUGUCCGGAGCUCAGGUUUGCCUACACUGUAGCCACCGUCCUGCUCGCUGCAUUAGUGCGGCGGCUUAAGCUUCACCGGUUGGAGGGUCAAGUCCCGGAGGUCAGAUCAGAGCUGGUGUCGACACCAAAGGAUGAAACCUGGAUCACCGUCAGCAAAAGAAGUCCAAAUUAGUCUCUUGUGAAACCUCCCUUUUUGGAAUAAUUGUGAUAAUUGUCAUCAUUUAGGAAGGGCUGUGAUCAAAAUGACAUUUGAUACAAUACCUUUCAGAUGCCUGGUCCUUAUUUUCACAUGACCGUGAAUUUCAGAAUACAGCAAAUGCAUCGGGUAAAUGUUGCAUUCUGUUUAAAAAAAUUGACAUUUUGUAUCUGAAUACAUCUGAAAUAUGGCGCCAUCCAGCCAAUUUUAACGCAAUUUCAACUGAAUUCCAGCCUUGCACUUUCCAUGCCCAAGUCCCAUGCAUAGUACAGAUUUUUGCAAAAAUGUUACAAAUAAAAUCAAAACGAUAAGCAAUUUAAGUGUGAAAUAAUAAAUGUACUUGAUUGCCUAGUAAUGAAUUUAAAUGUGAAAUAUGUCAACUGAGUAUUACGAUGUCAUUUCUUUCAUUUAGCACAAGAAAACCAUUGAUACAAGUAAGGAUUGUAAUAAUGUACUUUCAUUCCAAGUGGGUGGAGGAACGAAUCAUAGAAUUUUUUUUUUUUUUU